CCCCAAUGGAACUCCCCCACCUCAGAAAGCUAAAUCACACACGGAGAAAGAAAUAGUGAGCUAAAGAAGAAAACAGGAGGAGAGAGAUGGCAAGCGAGACGGAAGGAGGGAAGGGAGGGUAUUGGGGGCUGGCGCCGAGGAGAUGCGACUCGUGCAAGGGCUCGCCGGCGCUGCUCUUCUGCCGGGCGGACGCGGCGUAUCUGUGCGGCACGUGCGACGCGCGCGUGCACAGGGCGAACAAGCUGGCGUCGCGGCACGAGCGUGUGUGGAUGUGCGAGGUCUGCGAGCAGGCGCCGGCGAGCGUCACGUGCAAGGCGGACGCCGCCGCGCUCUGCGUCAGCUGCGACGCCGACAUCCACUCCGCCAAUCCCCUCGCCUGCCGCCACGAGCGCGUCCCGGUCGUCCCCUUCCUCGAGCCCGCCGCCUCCGCCCUCAAGUCCGCCGCCGCGGCCGCCGGUGGUGGGGGGUUCCUCUUCAAGGGCGCUGACGACUGUGACGAGGAGGAGAACGAGCCGGAGGCUGCGUCGUGGCUCCUCCCGGACCCUGUUCCCCCGAACCCUAACCUCAAAGGGGGGACGAUGGAGGCGCCGGAGCUCAAAGCGGCCGACUACUUCUUCUCGGAUGUGGAUCCGUACCUGGAUCUGGACUACGCCUCGUCGAUGGACGCCCGAUUCCACCAGACCGACAGCGUCGUCCCCGUCCAGGCCAAGGCCGUCGGCGGCCCCCCGCCUCCGGCCCUCCUCGCGCUGGAUGGCGACGAUUUCACCCGAUCCAAGCCCUCCUAUAGCUCCUACACUGCCCAUUCUGUGAGCCACAGCGGAGGAACCGUGUCGUCAUCGGAGGUGGGUGUGGUGCCGGACGGGAGCUGCGGCGGUGGCGGUGGCGUGGGGGCGAUGGCGGACGUGACGAAUCCCUACGGCGGUGCGGGUAGGGCGGGGAACCCGGCGGCACAGAUGGACCGGGAGGCUCGGGUGAUGAGGUACCGGGAGAAGCGGAAGAACCGGCGGUUCGAAAAGACGAUCCGGUACGCGUCGCGGAAGGCCUACGCGGAGACGCGGCCCAGGAUCAAGGGGCGGUUCGCCAAGCGGACGGAGAUCGAGACAGAGGUCGACCGCAUGUAUUCCUCCGCCGCGGCGGCGGCGUUCAUGGUUGACGGCGUUUACGGCGUCGUGCCGUCCUUCUGAUCUCGGGCCAAAGCCGGGAUCUCUGUUGUAAGAUGUAUUAAUGUUUUUGGCUUUUAUGUACUCCUUCUCAAGUUCUCAUGCCCUUCUCUAUCCUUGAUAUAUAUUAUUUCUAUGUUUUAAAUGGCCUUUUUUGUUU